CCAUUUAUUUCUGUUUUUCUUUUUUCAAAGAAAAAAUGACAGCACUAACGAAGGCACUCAUUGGGGUUCUGCUUGUCGUGGCGACGAUUGGUGUGCAAGCUAUGCGAGAUAUACCCGAGUUCCUACAUGUUUGUCCAGUUCGCGAACCGGAAAAUGAAUACGAAACAUGUGUCAGCAACAGUAUAAAUUAUUUGAAGCCAUAUCUUAAGACGGGCGUACCAGAAUAUAACAUCCCUUCUUUGGAACCUCUUAAAUUGAAGAAAUUGUCGGUUUCUCCAACAAAUGGCGUACAAAUAAUGGCAACCGAUAUUAACGUAGAUGGUGCCAGUAAUUUCAUAAUUAAUAAAGUAAAAAUCAAGCUUAAUCCACUUGAUCAAAUUUUGGCGGAAGUGGAUUUGCCUAAUAUCCUCGUUGAGGGAAACUAUGAGAUCGACGGCAAGGUAUUGUUACUUCCGCUUCGUGGAUCUGGCCCGAUGCACGGCAACUUUUCUGACUGCAGAGGCAUAUGCUCGAUCCGGAUUGAAAGAUACUUUGACGAGAACGGUGUGGAGAAGGCUCGCAUCUCAGAGUUCAAAACGAAAAUCUCAGUGGGGAAGGGCACGUUAAAUCUGGAAAAUCUGUUUAACGGCGAGAAAGUACUCGGGGAUGUUGUCAAUUCGGCUAUUAAUAAUAAUUUCGAUCUCUUUUUAAAAGAGCUUUCGCCACUGGUGGAAAUGGCGCUCUCCGAUGCGUUUCAACAAAUCGCCGACAAUAUUGUUCAGCAGUUCUCGUUCGCCCAACUCUUUCCCGGUGCAUAAAGCGAAAUUAUACAUUUUUUGAUAAUUGGACGAGCUGGAAGACAGCGAUGCACCAGAAUAAACAGAAAUUCAGUUUGAAAAUCGCGAUAUGUCGCGAUAGAGGGAAUUGUGAAAAUUCAGCACGACGUUAAAUCUUCUUUUGCAUGCGUGUAUAUGCUGAUUAAGAUCUGUAACGCUAUCAUUGAAUUCUUAUAGCGCAUUUUAUUUCUUAAAACUGGAUUCCCACAAGAAACAGCGAACGGAAGAUUUAUAUAAUCAUCACACACAGAACGAUCUAAUAAUAUUUCUUCAAGUAUUAAUUGCUUGAUGCUUGCGUAAAUCGAUCGACUUGUUUAGCAUA